UUGUAUACCUCAAUUAAACUUUAAUAUUUCUAGCCUUGCAUCACAUCGAAACAGUAUUUUCGUUCAAUAGACUUUUGUUUUGUAGCAGAGAAAGAUUUAUUUCCGGUUAGCGUUUUCCGGUCCUCUUUCCUGCCUCCCGUUCAAGAUGACUAAGAAGAGAAGGAACAACGGACGUGCAAAGAAAGGCCGUGGCCAUGUCCAGCCCAUCCGCUGCACCAACUGUGCCCGCUGUGUUCCCAAGGACAAGGCCAUCAAGAAGUUUGUCAUCAGGAACAUCGUGGAGGCCGCUGCUGUGAGGGACAUCUCCGAAGCUAGUGUGUUUGACUCAUAUGUAUUGCCCAAGCUCUACGUGAAGCUGCAUUACUGUGUUAGCUGUGCCAUCCACAGCAAGGUGGUGAGAAACAGAUCCCGGGAGGCCCGCAAGGACCGAACACCACCUCCCCGCUUCAGGCCUGGCGGUGCUCCUCCCAGAGCUCCUCCGAAGCCCAUGUGAAGCAAAUUAACUCACAUUCUGUGCAUUUUUAUGCAGAAAAAUAAAAAUAUCUGAAACGGA